UCCCUUAGAGUCUUAACAGUUUCGCAUUGACUCGCGAAGCGUGAACACGUGCUAGUAUCUUGUGCGAGAUUACAAUACGUCGUGAUCGCAAACAAUGGGAAAACAAAAGCGGGAAAGGCGCAAGCCUCACAAAAAAAAUCCUACCGGACUUCCCAAUGUUAAAGAUCUCGACAAAGAAGAAGAGGAACUUGACGAGGAGGACAAGGAUGCGGCAUUGCAGCGGAUGAUUGAUCAGUUGGAAUCUCCAAAUAUAGAAGAAAAAUUAUCUGGCCUACAAACAUUAGAGUCAAUGUGUACCAAUGCAGAGAUGGCUAUGCAAGUCGCCAAGGGAGGUGUGGCAAGGAUAGCGGCUCCGUUGCUGGUAGAUGAAAACAAUUUGGUGCGAGCGGCUAGCGCCAGCGCUUUGCGUAACAUAGCUAACAACGGAGGCGAAGAUGCAUGCAAUAUUCUGCUUGAGCACGACAUUAUGACACCGUUGGCUGCGUUACUACAGAGACAUUAUACAUCUUGGCAACCAAAGCCCAAAGAAAAGGGGAAAAUAGAUGAUGAAAAAGAGACUUUUAUUCAAGCCAUAACUCUGCUCUGGACUUUGUGUGAAAAUGAUGAGCACGCUAUAAAAUAUUCCAACGAAGGUCACCUUAUAUCGAUUCUGAUAAAAUGCUUGGACAUUUCCCUUCAUAGCUUGGAUGUCAAUAUAAUAGCAGCUCAAUGCAUGUUGACCUUAUCCGAAGAUAAUCCACUGGCUAUAAGUGAAUUAAAAAAAUACGAAGGACCUUUGCUCAGCUUGUUAAAACUGAAAACUGACAAAGAAUCCGACCUGUCUAAUGUGAUGCUUCUCAAAACUCUGUCUGGCGGUCUUUUGAUGAAUAUCAACAACUCUGAAUGCACCUCAGCGAUUGUUUCUUGCCAAGUAGCUACAGCGCUUGCCGAAACCCUGGCAUUUGAUCACAGAAAAUUAUUGAACAGCGUUACUUCGACGCUCCCUGUAGAUACAAAUAAGUUGAAUGUUAAAUCUGAAAAGAAACUGAACGAUAUUAAGAAAUACUUGACAGCGCAGCAGCAGGCGUUGGAAAUCUUGGCCAAUUUAUGCUCUGAGGAUCCGCAAGAAGACAUGGAUUCUGAUUUGGAUGAUUCAGAUCCAGCCGAGGAAGAGAACGAUUUCAUCGAUGACGAUGUUAUGUCUACGGAUAAAUUACACAUUUCAACACUGCCGAUAGAGUUGACAGAAGUUUUUGCCAGUCUUAAAAUAAUCGAUAUAGUUUGGGAAAAAACGAUUUUACUUCCAGAAAACGUUAGGCAAAUACUGUUCGAAAAUCCUGAAAGCAAAACGGUUCUGAAACACGCCCACGUUCUCAGAUGCAGAGCAUUUUUGUGCCUUAAUAACUUAAUUUCUACCUUAGACGUUGACGGAUUAGGUGGAGUAGAAAAUUUAUACAGGAUGUGGGUAGAGAUCGGAAAUGUAGUCUUCAAAGAGGCAGAUCAAAACGAUAUCGCACUCCUAGAAUCAGCCACAGCUGCGAUGAGGGCAGCGUUGCAAAAAUUGGUCGAAGUACGAGCGAACGUCUUCAGCCAGUUAAGCAUGUUCGACAUCCAGGUAAUGUUGAACGGGGAACAACAGUGUCCAAAUCCCAACGUCAGAGUCAACUUGGUUCGAAUUGUCGGUAAUCUUGCCCUGGUUUUCACAAAUACGGACACAGCUAACUGCCGAGAACUAGUCAAGCAUCUUUCUAUAUUUCUGCUCGAUGCGUGUGCGAAGGAACCAGAGGUUUGGGUAAUUGCGGAAUGUUUGGAUGCCAUAAUGGAUAUUUUUGCAGAGGAUGAGACAAACGAAGUGGCUGCUGAAAUCGAAUUGGUGGAUAAACUGCGACCGCUGGUUCAGCUCUUGAACAAUAAGAUUCGUCAGCAGAAAAAGCGACUGGGUGAUAACUUCUACGUCGUGUCAACCGUGAAAACUAAUCUUAAUAGAUUCAUAAAGUAUAAGAGUGCUCAACUGGCAAAACUUAAAUGAAUUUUCGUAGCUAGUUAAUCAUAUCUAUUAAUCUGCAUAGAUCUUCGAAGAUCUAAAUUUUUUUUUUUUUUCUUUUUCGAAUGUACAUACUGACGUAAGAAUAUUAACGUAUGUUGCGGUUGAUAGUAAUUUGAUGAUGAAAAUUGAAGAUUGAAUUGAACGGUUCUUGAAAAAUUAUUGUGAUCAUAUCUAAAUGAAUGUUUCAUUUUUGGAACUUCGGUAAUUUAAAGAGACGGUUUUUUACGCCGCGUAAAGCAUAAAUUAUACGAGAGGUGAUAAAUAAUAGUACCGAUAUUUAGGAAAUUAAAUGCUGUUUUUUUUCUGUAUAUUUUCUGUUUAAUAUUAUUUAUCAAUAAAUAAUGAAAAUGAUAAUUUUAGAUAUAUAUAUUAUAUAUAUAUAUAUAUACUACAACAAGAUAACAGAAUAUAUUACGUAUACUGUUUUCAAUAUUAUCUAACAUGCUAAAUAAUAAUUUUUUUUUUAAUAUUACAACAGUACGUGUUAAAAUCUCGGGGCUCACAGCCGCUGUAUAAUGACGUUGAAUAACAAUUUUAAUAUUAUUACAAUCAAAGGCACGAAAAUAAACUGAUAUAAAAAGAAAAGUUCAAGUAUAAAUUCCAUUCAGGCCCUCCUGAGAUAUUUCCGAAAUUGAUGAUAUGUUGAUUAUAAUUUUUAUUUCGUUUCUAACAUUGCAGUACAAUAAACCAAUAUUAAUUAAAGGAAGACUGAAUCAUAAUUUAUCAUGUGGUCGAUAUUACCGGUUUCGAUCAGACAUAAAUAUAUCCAGGGUAUACAACCUUUUGCCAAUUGCAAUUAAUUAUUAAAUUUGUACACUUACGUAUAAUGCAAGAAGGUUUUUUUUACGAUAUUUACAUUAAAAAUUUCAUCUUUCGUUAUCAAUUAUUAAGUAUAUGCAUAUUCUAUUAGUCUAAAUUUGUUGUAUUGCAUACCAAUCUAAAAAACGAUAUUAAAUUGCGCCUUAAAUAUUGCGUUAUUCUUUAACUGGACGAUGUGCGAUUGCAGAUGUAAUCGAGUACGGAUAUGUAAUU